AUGAAGGCACUAAACUAUGUUGGGCCUUACGUGGUCAAGGUCCAAGAUGUUCAAAUGCCAACGCUAGAGCAUCCAGAUGAUAUCAUCGUUAGGGUCACUAGCGCAGCGAUUUGCGGAUCUGACCUACACAUGUAUGAAGGUAGAACUGCGGCCGAGUCAGGCAUCACCUUUGGUCACGAGAACUUGGGUAUCGUCGAGGAGCUUGGAGAGGGCGUUACACUAUUGAGGAAGGGCGAUAGAGUUGUCAUGCCAUUCAACGUGGCUGAUGGACGCUGUCGCAAUUGUGAGGAAGGGAAGACUGCGUUCUGUACCGGUGUCAAUCCUGGAUUUGCCGGUGGUGCUUAUGGCUAUGUUGCCAUGGGUCCCUAUCGCGGAGGGCAAGCUCAAUUUCUUCGCGUCCCAUAUGCGGAUUUCAACGCCCUAAAGCUCCCACCAGGAACAGAGCACGAAGCAGAUUUUGUCCUCUUAGCAGAUAUUUUCCCAACCGGAUGGCACGGCAUUGAGAUAUCAGGGUUCCAGCCUGGAGACAGUGUCGCCGUUUUUGGUGCUGGUCCCGUCGGCCUUAUGGCAGCAUAUUCUGCACAAUUACGUGGUGCAUCUUCCGUUUACGUCGUCGAUCGUGUCCCUGAGCGUUUGCGAGCGGCAGAAAAAAUUGGAUGCAAGGGCAUAAACUUCACAACCGGGGACGGUGUCGAUCAAAUAAUCAAUCUCAAUGGCGGAAUGGUUGAUCGCUCUGUGGAUGCUGUCGGAUAUCAGGCAGUUGGCAAUGAUAACUCAAAAGAGCAACCUAAUAUUGUGCUUGAGAAUAUGAUUCGGGUUACUAGAGCGUGCGGAGGGUUGGGAAUCCCUGGUCUAUAUGUACCCAGUGAUCCCGGGGCAGGUGAUACUGCAUCAGCGAAGGGAAUGAUAAGUUUAAGCUUUGGAAAGCUCUUUGAAAAGGGUCUCACACUUGGUACUGGCCAAUGCAAUGUUAAAGCUUACAACCGCCAACUGCGAGACUUGAUCAUUGCUGGAAAGGCAACGCCAAGUUUUGUAGUUUCUCAUGAGAUUGGACUGGAUGAAGCAGAAACUGCAUAUCAAAAGUUUGAUAAGCGUGUUGAAGGGUAUACCAAAGUUCAUGAUUUGAUCAAUGCCUUCUCCAAGUGCAAGGACGCGGGUUAUCAUGGUACAGUGUUACAGUGCUAUAUAAUUUCCAACAUGGGAGAAGAAGCCCCACGUACAACUUCACAGUGGUCCGUCGUCGGCCAGAAUGGAAUCCAAGACCUCCUCUAUCAAGAAGCCGUUCCCAUACCGCCUAUAGGAGACCAUGACUGUCUUGUCAAAAUCGAGGCUGUGUCUCUGAACUACCGGGAUGUGGCUAUCAUAAAUAAUCAAUAUCCGCUUUCUGUAAAACUUCCGGUUGUCGCAGUCUCUGACGGUGCAGGUAUUGUAAUUGCUACGGGUUCUCGUGUCAAGAACUUCAAACCCGGUGAUAAGGUUUGCGCAGCUAUCUGCCCAGCACAUGAACAUGGGCGAAUGGAUGCCGAUAAACUAGCCACCACGCUGGGUGGAGGCACUGAUGGCCUUUUGAGCCAGUAUUCUGUGUGUGAGGAGGGUGGUCUUCUUGCGAUACCGAGAAACCUGUCUACCUUCGAAGCAAGUGCACUGCCCGGCGCCGCCGUUUCCGCAUGGAAUUCCCUUUAUGGAAGCGAAAAUAUUAGUAGCGCAGUUACUCGAAUCAAACCCGGUGAUAUAGUGUUGACUCAAGGUACCGGCGGUGUAAGCCUGUUUGCAAUACAGUUUGCGGUGGCUGCUGGGGCAACGGUAAUUGCCACGACAUCGCAAUCUUCGGGCCCAAAGGUUGAUCUACUAAAAUCGCUUGGAGCAAGACAUGUUAUCAAUUACCGAGAAGAUGAAGAUUGGGGAGAGACAGCAGCGAGUCUUACACCAAAUAGGGUCGGCGUUGACCAUGUACUUGAUGUGGGCGGCGCGGGUACCCUGGAACAAUCGCUCAAGGCCGUUCGGUUUGAAGGCACCAUAUCAGUGAUAGGGUUUCUUUCAGGGACUGGACUUGGCCCGGGGUUGUUAUCCGCUUUAAGUCGAGCUAUAACUGUGCGCGGAGUGUUAGGUGGGUCGAAGCUUCAGCUUGAAGAAGUAAUUCGUGCUGUUGAGAGGUGUGGGAUUAAGCCAGUUAUUGAUGAGAAAGUCUUUGGACUUAGCGAAGUUCGUGAAGCGUAUCAGUAUUUGAUGGAUAGCAAGCAUGUUGGGAAGGUCGUCGUUAGAGUAAGCUAA